AUGAAAAAGAAAAAAAAUCCUUCUUAUCAUAAGUUAAAUGAUCGUGCUUCUACUGAUCAUCGCUAUGCAGGAACAGGUGGAGUCAUUCAAAAUGACCAAGGGAGAUUUGUGGCAGGUUUUUCCAAGUACAUCUACAAAAAUGAAAACAAUAUGGCGGAAUUAUGGGCAGUCAGGGAGUGCCUUAAACUGGCUGCAAGUUUAGGAAUCUUUAAGCUUGUCGUUGAAAGCGACUCUCAUUAUAUUUAUAGGGAGGCCCACUAUGCAGCGGAUUUUUUGGCUAAAAAAGCUGCUAAUGAUACGAUAAGUUGUUUCUGGUUGCAAAAUCCUCCUAGCUUUUUGCUUGAUAUUUUGAAUCAUGAUGUCAUGGAGAGGGCCUUCUCCAUGUUUGUAAGGCCCGACUAG